GAUAUACGGAAUCCUGACCAUGGAAGGCAGGCGUCUUAUUCCCAUUUGGCGACCAGCACCUCCGUCAUAUCCGAAUACACCAUACAUCGGUUCAUUUAUAUACUCCCAGCAUAUAAGAACGCAAGAGAAACCCGUCAUUCUAGUUGCCAAGACUCUUCAACAGCAGCAUUGGCCUCAGUUACAAGUGCUUUAUACCCCUGUCGUUUUUGGAUACUCAGUCUUGUUGUUUGGCUUGCUUGUCGUCUGUCUGCGUUACUCUCAACACCUCCAACCAGCCGAAACCUCGCCGUCAUACACGCACCAUGGCGGCCCCCCAACCCAAACCCUUUGAAAUAGCCAUCAUCGGCGGUGGCAUAGCCGGCGCCACCCUGGCCAUCGCCUUCCUCAAGCGCAGCAUUCCCUUCACUUUAUACGAACAAGGCCACGCCUUUUCGGAAAUUGGCGCGGGCGUCGCCCUCAGCCCAAACGCCGUCCACGCCAUGAAGUUGUGCGACCCAGCCGUCCACGCAGCCUUUCAGAAAGUAGCCACCAAGAAUGGCUGGGAGUCUAAGAGGAACACCUACUUCGACAUUUUGGACGGGACAUCGAUGGUCGAAAAGGACCUGAAGGAGUUGUUUACCCUGGCCAACUCGCAGGGGCAGAAUGCAGUGCACAGGGCGUAUUUCAUGGAUGAGCUGUCCAAGCAGAUCCCUGAACAAAUGUGCCGGUUCCGGAAGCGACUGCAGAGUGUGGACAAGGAUCAAGAGACAGGGAAGCUGACAAUGCGGUUCACAGACGGCAGCUCGGCACAGGCGGAUGCCGUGAUCGGGUGUGAUGGGAUUAAGAGCCGCACAAGGGCGUUGGUGGUUGGGGAGGAUCACCCUGGGAUGAGGGCGCAAUAUACGCACAAGUAUGCAUAUCGGGGUGUGAUUCCAAUGGAGAAGGCGGUUGAGGCUCUGGGAGAGGAGAGGGCAGUUAAUGGCUGCUUAUGGCUAGGCCCAGAUGCGCACAUGCUCAGCUAUCCCAUCAACGGUGGCAAGACCUUCAACAUGUUCGGCGCCGUGACGGACCCAGGCGACUGGCCCAGCAUGGAUACGCUCACGGCUCCCGCGACCAAGGAACAGGCCUUGAAGGACUAUGAGAAAUUCGGACCUGCGAUAAAGAAACAGAUCCAACUGUGUGAGGAUAACCUCGAAAGGUGGGCCCUCUUUGACUGCGCCGAACACCCCCUCCCCUAUUACAACAAAGGCCGCAUCGUAGUUGUUGGCGAUGCCGCCCACGCCGUGACACCCCACCACGGCGCCGGCGCGGGGUUCUGCAUCGAGGACUCGGCCGUGCUGGCGUGUCUGUUGGAAGACGAGCGGGUCAGGAGCGUCAAAGACCUGGAGGCUGUAUUCGAAGCAUAUAACGCGAACCGGAUAGAGAGGACGCAGUGGCUUGUCGCCACGAGUCGCAAGACAGGAGAUUUGUAUGAGUUUAAGGAUGAGGCUGGGAGAGACAUGGCGAAGGUGGAGGAGAUCAUGCGGGAGAGGUAUGAAAAGGUGUGGAAUUUUGAUAUUGAGCAGGCGGUUAGGGAGGCGAGGAAGGAUUUGGGGAGGAGGCUUAAGUAGAAGGCUGUUAGACA